GAGGGGGUAGUCUCGUAUCCGACAAUGAACUGUGAUAGAAACAAAAACUUUCCGAGAUUGUUAAGCGUUAUCAUGGCGUUAGAGAACCACUAGUUUAGAUGGGCAAUUUUGUUUGUGUCGUAAUUUUUGUGUUGUGUUGUUUAGUGCUAAUUUGUGUGUGUCAUAAUGUCUAACGUCCCGCCUAAGUUUUACGAACUUUGUCGCCUUUGUUUAUCGUGCAGUGGCAUGAAGUUGUCUAUUUUCGAUGAUGAAGGAACCCAACGCAACUAUCCACUGAAAAUAAUGACGUGUCUGUCUAUUUUGGUCACUGAACAAGACAUGCUGCCAAGAAACAUUUGUGAACACUGCACUUACAAGCUAGAUAUGUUAUAUGAGUUCCGCGAGACAUCUCGUAAAUCAGAAAUUAUUCUCAAACGAUAUUUAUCAAAUGCUGACUACAUGUCACAUAAUGCACAGGAGUACUUAAACAGUAUAGCUGCGCUUUCAUCUCGGGAAGUGAAGAAAGAGAACGUAGAAGGAAGCGAAGUAAUGACAAAUCUUCAAAGCAAUACAAACUCAAGUCCUGAACCUGUACAUAACAACCAAGAUCCUUCAAAUAAAGAAGUGGAAAAAGAGCAAGAGCCAGAUAGUGAAAUGAAUGGCUGUUCAGACUCUGACGAUUCUGAUGAAGAAGGACAGCUAAGGAUUGCCGAGGAGGAUAACUACAACUCUCCUGAGGUUAAGCAGGAGAGGGAUGACGCAGGAAGCUAUGCCUCAGACGAUGGAUCUCGUUCAGACGACCGUAGCCAUUCACUUGACCCUCCCACACCCAAACCUAAGAGUGAAGCAAACAGUCUGUUACGAUCUCUCAUGUCCGGAACUCCCCACAGCGGUAGGUUCAACUCGUCAGAAGACAUUCUUGCCAACCGAACAAACCUGCUGUCCCACUACAACAAUCAAUCUGGGCUGGGCUCAGAAGCUAGGACUGCUAGCGGACGGCGAAAACAAAGCUGUCCACUAAGAGCGACAGAACUACCUUAUAUGCCUCACCACAACGGCAGCUUUAAUGGCAAGAGUGGAGUGACGAUCACGCCUGUGGAGCAGGUCUCACGGUCGCAGGAAGCCAUCUCCAGACUGCUGGAAGCAGCCAACUACACAGACAGAGAAGCGGCUCGGGACACACACGCCACGCAGGACGAUGAGGUCGAGGAGGUUGAAGUAGAUGAGGAAACACAAGCCUGGUGUAGUGCGACUGCUGUAUUUAGACCUAACAAUGGACGGCAAGGGCCGUCACUGGCCAAGCGGAUGGACCUGUCGUGUACCAACUGUGGCACUCGGACCACCACCAUCUGGCGGAGAAACCCUCUAGGAGAGAUGGUGUGUAACGCAUGUGGUCUCUACUACAAGCUGCACAACGUCAACAGGCCCGCAACAAUGAGACGAGAUACAAUACAUACAAGGAGAAGACGACCUAGGGGUGAUAAGACAACCAAGGGCGGAAAAUAUGCAAACACAUCCCUCAAUACCUCAGAGGCUGGUAGUGAGUGUGCCAGUGGGGGCAACAGUGGCAGUGAAGAGUGUGAUGACAUGUUGGUAGCACUGCGCCGCCAGAUUCAACCUCACCUCAUGUUGGCCGCACUGCAACAGAGCUCGGGCUUCCCUCCGUCGUCUGCGGGAGUCGGGGGUGUAAAGCUGCUGGCGCAGAUGUUUCAUUCUAACAUGUUGCGAAACCAUGCCGCCCUGGUGGGGACUGGGUUUCCUUGACCCUUCCUUCCCGUCCUUACGUCCGACCUAGUAUUAUGUUGUACCGAACCUUCUCCAGUAUUACAUGGUCUCAGCUCUCUUUUCUGUUCAAUACUCUUCGGAAUACUCGGCUUAGGUUAGGUGAAUCUGUGAUUCUGUGUUUGCUAUUUAUUUUUCGAUAUUUCGCCCCGCGGGCUCGCUGGCGAAGAUUUGACUUUAUUGUGUAAUAAUUCUGUUAUUUAUUGAUCUAUAAAAUGUUAUUGCUUUCAGUAUUUUUGAGGUUUUUUUACUCAUAUAUAUUUAUUCCUGAUAAAGGAUAGUUCAAAUAUUAUUUCUCCUUUUGGAAAUGUAUUUUUACGCUUAUUGCAACUAUAAAGUGAACAAAAUGUAAGAAUCUCAGACAAAUUGUGUGUGUGUGUGUGUAUUUAAUUUCAUGUUAGGAUAUUUUUUUCCAUAAAAAUGUAGCUACAGUGCUUAUUGCAAACAGUAUGAACAAAUAUAUUUACUUUGACAUUUGUAUUUAAAUCUCAAUGAAAAUAUAAAAGUGCUAAUUUAGAUUAAAAGUUAUUUUGAGUUUUUUGCAAUAGCAUAGAAUGCAUUUGAAGGCCUGUGUAAAAAUCAAUGCAUGGGAUUGAACCCAUGAAACAAAAACAAAUUGAACUAUAACUUACUAACUUAACAGUAGUAGUUAGUUUAGAAUUUGUCAGUUAGGCAGCAGGAAUGUUUACAAAUGGCAUGUUAGAAGUUUUAAAGGGGGAAAAAACUUGUUGACCAGCCAUGUGGCACUUUUAAGUUGAAGUUGUAAAAUUACUCUAGUUUAUGCAAUAAAAAGUAUUGCUCUCCUAUUGAAAUAUUUAGGCUAUACAAAAUAAUUACACUUAAUAAGCACAUUUUAUGGAGAGUCUUACUCAAUUUAGAUUAAGCCUAUUGUUUUGUUAGACUAGGUUAGGUUCGCCGCGGGUCCGUUGUCAGCGAACGGACAAACAGGGUUGUCCGAGCAUUUGCAGCCUUGACCCUAUGACCUUUGUGCCUAAUGGUCGUGUGUAUAUAGUUACGAUAGUAUUAAUCUAACGAUGGUAUUAUGCCGGCAAUAAGUCUAGAAUAGGGCAGCUUACUUACGUAGAAACUCGUUUUGUGCUGUGUUUUCAUGACAUUUUUUGUACAAAGUUCCUUUUCUGCACAACCUUUGGCGAAAGCCAGACUAACACAUAAAUGCUUUAGAUUUAGAGGCUUCAUUUUUUUUAGUUAAGUGUUUUUUUUAUAUUUUUGUAACUAUUUAUUUUCUCAUUUCAUCGUGUUUGUAACGCAAUUGUUGCCAUUAAGCGAGGUGAUGUUUUUUGGUCGCCUGCUGUUUCAAGUGCAUUUUCAAAAGUGUUAUGUCAAUUUCAGGACUAUUACAACUUAAAACUACUCUGGGUAAAAAAAUAAUAGAUUAUGAAAACUUGUCUUUCGUUGAUUCAAAAAUGGUAAAAUUUUGUAUAACCUGACUAGUUAUUACAGAAAAAAAUGUAGUACUUAUAAGCCAUAAAAUUAUUGUCUGAUUAUAAAAAGAACGUCAACUUUAAUGGUUCAUUAGAUUUUCCUUUACAAGUAUGAAGCUCACAUAGUCCUUUGGAUGCUUAAUUUACUUUUAUGAGCCAAAAUAUAUUAACCAAGGAAUAAUACAAAUUAAUAGUUGAAGGUAGAAUGCUAAAUUAACUACAAUUCAUACCAUACCAGAAUCAAACACAUGUAUUCUUUCGCUCUGAAUAAUUUAUAUUAGUGUUGUCUUCUUCAAAGAUUAAACUUUAAUAAGACUGAUCUUUUUUGUGCAAAAUUUACAUAGUUUAAGCCGUUCACAGGUUAUUAAUUUUAUUUAGUUACAAACGCGAUAUUUCAUCGAUAUUAGCACUAGGGUAUUUAUUCAGUAGUUGUGGUCGUAGAUUAAGUCGAGACUACUUAAUACUUUUAGGGCUGACUUUUGUAAGGGACAAACCCCCUAUUUUGUAAGUCGUUACUCGUUGAGCAAGGAUUGUAAAUAGUUGUUAAAAUUUUAAUCAUGGCACUAAUCUCGAAUAGCAUAUUUAGAGUUUUCUCUCACUGUUUACUAAUUGCUCAUUUUUUCUACCUUGCUCAUGAAAUUGCCUGCAAUAAUUCUUAACUUUUAAGUUAGGUUUGAUGAUUGUGAUUUUGUAUGUUAGUUGUCAGUGCCAGAACUGAAUAUUUUAUAUUUUAAAUUGUUUUAAUAUAUUUCAGUAAUUUUUUACUACAAUAGAUUUUUCUAAGCACAUUGUGGCAUUGUUAAAUUUGUAUUACAUGAUUGCAAACUCAAAACUAAUAUUUUUCAUUAUUUUUUAAGUAUGUUAUCAUAUGUACUACUUUGAACAAAGUCUGAAAACACUAAUAGGAAUUCCAGGAUAACAAAAAACUGGAUGUACUGUCAUUGAUUGUAGGAUGAAUAAUUUCUGGAUUUGGAUUAAAGGUUGAAGUUAGAUGGUUGUACAAUAAUUAAUUAUUAACCAGUUAUUCUUACUAUAAAAAGUUGACAAAUUACUUUGUUAAAAAACAACUUGUUAGUAUUCAUCUAGAAUCAAAUUUUAAUUCUGACCUUAAAAACUCAAAUGUCAUAUUGUAUCUUAAAAAUUUGAUGAAUGACGAUCGCAAACUUAUAGUUUCUAAAGAAAUAUUUUAUCGUCAACAUAGAUAUUCAGUUUUGGCAAAUUCAAGACUAAUUUUUGGACUCAUAUCAAUAAUACUCGAAGCCAUAACUUUCAGGUUGUAUUUGUAUCGAUAAUUCUGUUAUUGUUCUUGUCUGAUUAAGAUAUCUUGUUCGUAGGUUAGCAAUCCUUUAUUUAUUUGUUGUUAAUUUUAGAUUCCGAGCAAAGGCAUAUAAACCUGCUAGUAGGCAAUUUAUGUGCAAUCUUGAUAAUAAACAUAUUAAUCUUUUA